CCCUUUCACCACACCCACCAAUUUCUACCCUUGCGCUUGUGCCGCACAGCUCGCACCUCAGCAAUGGCCCUGGAGGACUUUGAGAAGGAGCUUGCCGCGACCAAGAGCAAAGAAGACAGAAAGAAGCGCGGCAGAAGUCGCAGUCGCGACCGGCACCACCGCUCAAGCAAACACCACUCUGCGCACCAUCACCGUGACGAUCGAGACAGGGAUGGACACCACAGAGACAAACGAUCGCGACACCACCGAGAGACCUCGGAAGAACGUUCGCGGCGUAAGCGCAAGGAGAGAGAGCGCGACGACAAGUUCGACGAUCGACCACGCCGAAAGCACAAGGACCGGCGGAGUCGAUCUCCCUCGAGCGACGAUGAAGACCGUAUGACUCGAAAGCGCAAGUCGCGCCGCUACGAAGAGGACGAGUCUUCUGGCGACGACGCGCCACAGGAGAAAGACUAUGCGCCGCAUGAUGACGAGCUCUUGGAUGAGCAACUCGAGGGGGCCGCGGGCGCAAACGUACAGCGAGACGACUGGAUGCAAGCACCAUCAUCCAUGGAUGUGGACUAUGUGCAGAGGAAGAAGAGGGAAGAAAAGACAACGUAUGUUGCGGCGUCAGCAGAGAAGCAACACGCUUUGAAGAUCCACAAAGCCGAAUUGAACCACCACCUCGCCGACUUGAAGAACGACGAAACAACGACGACAGAGGAGCCAGCACAAAGGGAGGUUGACUAUACGUUCGGCGACCCAGGGUCACAAUGGCGCAUGACAAAGCUCAAGGGCAUCUACAGGGCAGCCAACGAGACGGGACGAAGCGUUGAAGAUGUGGCUCUAGAGAAGUAUUGCAAUCUACGCGACUUUGACGAAGCUCGAGAGGAAGAGACAGAGCUAGACAGAAGAAACAUGUACGGUAAGGACUAUGUUGGGAAGGAGAAGCCUUCAGGAGAGCUGCACGAGGAGCGCAGACGGAAGGCAGGCCUCCACCAUCCUUCUCCAGAGGAUCACCAGAUGGAAGACCUGCCUCAAGGCGAAACCGUACCAAAUCCAAGGCCCACCACCAACACAGUUGCACUCAGCCAGACAGAGCUGAACAAGCUCAAGGCCCAGAUGAUGAAGGCAAAGAUGAAGAAGUCGCCGGACGCAGCAAGGCUCGAGGGCGAAUACAAUGCAGCAAUUGCAGGUUCGGCUGGCAGUACGGACCGCGAUGUAGUCGUACUGAACGCCAUGGACAAUCGAAUGCUGGCUGGAGGUCGACAGGGCGAGGUCAUCUCACUUGAGAACAAGCGAGGCGUUGAGCGUGGCCUGGUCAAGGAGAACGAGGACAUGAGUAUCGAAGACAUGGUGCGGCAGGAGCGACGCACGAAGGGUCAGAAUGAGGGCCUUCUCCUUGCCGAAAAGAUUGGCAAGGACGUCAAGUUUGAUAACGACCUCGACUACAUGGACGAGAACGCCACAAGACUCGCUGCUCGCGCUCCUAAAUCGUCCAUCAACCUCCGCAACCAGGCAAUCCAGGACUACCAGAAGACGAAUCGUAUCCUUGAUUCUUGUCCGCUCUGUCACCACGAAGACAAAUCGCCUCCUCAACCUCCAGUCGCUCCUGUCAUCUCUCUUGGCACACGCACCUUCCUCACUCUUCCCACUGAGCCUGAAAUCAGUAGCGGCGGCGCGGUCAUAGUGCCCAUUCAGCAUCGUAUCAACCUACUCGAGUGCGAUGACGAUGAAUGGGAAGAGAUUCGCAACUUCAUGAAGUCUCUCACCCGCAUGUACCACGACCAAGGCCGCGAUGUCCUCUUUUACGAGAAUGCUGCCAAUCCUGGACGCAAACUACACGCCGCCAUGAACGCAGUGCCAAUCCCUUUCGAGCUAGGCGAGACAGCUCCCGCCUUUUUCCGCGAAGCCAUCCUCACCUCGGAUAAUGAGUGGAGCCAGCACAAGCCCAUCAUCGACACACUCAAGGCCUCCAGAUCAGGGCUAGGUAAGCAAGCUUUCCGCCGGAGCCUGGCGAAGGAGAUGCCGUACUUCCACGUGUGGUUUGAGCUUGACGGAGGAAUGGGUCACAUCGUGGAGGAUGAGCGCAUAUGGCCACGUGCCGACCUCUUCGCACGAGAGGUUCUUGGAGGAAUGUUGGAUGUGGACAUUGAGGUCCAGAAGAGACAAGGACGGUGGGUGAAGGGUGAUCGGAGGUCAGAGAGGUGGAGGAAAGGGUGGAGGAAGUUCGACUGGACUCGAGUGCUUACUGAAGGGUAGUCCCUCAGGACGUCUACAGUCACAAACACCCAGCUGAACGAUGAAUCAACAAUAGCAUCUGCAUGGGCAGUCCAUCCAUAUAGCUCAUCGACUAAGGCCCCUCAGGAAUGCUGUGUGCGUUGAGGUUUCAGAUGGUGGCGCAACGUUGGAUACGAGAGGAAUUGUCACGCUUUGGAAAUAAGCCUUGAGCGAUCGUACCGUGUCGCACACGCCAAAUACUUCCACACGCGGC